GGCAUGGCCGGGCAGCACUACUGCCUGCGUUGGAACAACUACCAAUCGAAUAUGACGUCGGUGUUCCACCAGCUCCUGCAGACCGAGGCCUUCGUCGACGUCACCCUGGCGUGCAAUGAGGCCUCGUUAAAGGCGCACAAGGUGGUGCUGUCGGCUUGCAGCUCCUAUUUCCAGAAGCUCCUGCUGUCGAACCCCUGCAAACACCCGACGAUCAUCAUGCCCCAAGACGUCUGCUUCAACGACCUCAAGUUCAUCAUCGAGUUCGUCUACCGCGGGGAGAUCGACGUUUCGCAAGCGGAGCUUCAGUCGCUCUUGAAGACGGCCGACCAGCUAAAGAUCAAGGGCCUCUGCGAGGUGCCAGAGAACAGGGACGGUCCGCCACCCGUAAGUCUGAGCUCGCCGCCGAGAGAGUCCGGCACCCCGAGGUUGAACUACACGAAGCUGAAGAAGCACCAUCAGAGAUACAAAAAACCCAGACUCGAGCGGCCCACAUUCGAACCGCGUCCUACCGAUCCGAGGCACUACGAUCGCUACAAGGAGGAAGAGGCCAACGAUUACAGCCGUGAUAACAAAGAGAACCAUCGGGACUGGCAGGCUGAAGAUGAAGAGUGCACGGAGACAGCAACAGUAGCAGUAGUACUGGACACUUGCCAACGUAAUAAUAAUAACAAUAACAACAACAACGGUAACGGCACGAGUAACAAUAGUGACAUGUUCUGUCACACAGGGCUAGGGCAUUAUGGCCACCAUCCAGAUCCCGGAGAGGUCGAUUUGCCCCCCGAGACCCAACCUACCCCACCCAGCGCCACUCUGGUCGGCACUACCAUCACCCACUUGAGGGAUCCGGAUCAUCAUACAGAGAUUCAGAAUUGCGACAGCGUCAAGAUCAAGUUUGAAACGCUGCACACGAUGGACUCCUCGGACACGAUCGACAUAGAUAGCCACAUGUCGGAUCGGGCGAGCGUAAGUUCAAAGAACGCCGCCGACAGCGAUAACAUGAUGAUGAUAACACCGGAGCUAUUGGGACUGAUGCCAUCGGGAAGCUCCGGUCAGUCGGACUCGGGUGAGAAUAACUCGAGGGGGCACAGCGGACAAUCCAGCUCGCAUCAUCACGGUUCGAAGUCGUGGACGCAGGAGGACAUGGAUGCGGCUUUAGAAGCGCUGAGGAAUCACAACAUGAGCCUGACAAAAGCUUCAGCAACAUUCGGUAUUCCCUCGACGACACUAUGGCAACGGGCGCAUCGAUUGGGCAUCGAUACACCGAAAAAAGACGGCCCUACGAAAUCCUGGAGUGACGAAAGUUUGAACAAUGCCUUAGAAGCGUUGCGUACCGGUUCCAUUUCGGCUAACAAGGCGUCCAAAGCAUAUGGCAUACCCUCCAGCACGUUGUAUAAGAUCGCCAGGAGGGAAGGUAUUAGAUUAGCCGCACCGUUCAACGCGAGUCCCACUACAUGGACACCUACCGAUCUAGACCGCGCUUUAGAGGCAAUAAGAUCUGGUCAGACGUCCGUACAGAGAGCGUCAACGGAAUACGGUAUACCUACGGGAACUCUUUACGGAAGAUGCAAGCGAGAAGGAAUCGAGCUUAGUAGGAGUAAUCCUACGCCUUGGAGCGAAGAUGCUAUGACUGAAGCUCUCGAAGCAGUCAGAUUAGGACACAUGAGCAUAAAUCAAGCGGCAAUCCAUUAUAAUCUGCCGUAUUCGUCAUUAUACGGACGCUUCAAAAGGGGCAAAUACGAGGAACCAGUCGUCGGUGAUAUCUCGCAGGAUGGUACAAGUCCGCAUUUCCAUCAGAGCCCUAACCAGAAUCACUCAUCCGCCCUUCCAGAUCAAAUGCCUUACCCGGGCAGUUGAAACUUACCUCUUUACUAGAGUAUUAAGUUAGCUUGCUCCGAACUUUUCGAUUCGCGGCAGCUCCUCAAACAACUCUUUAAGCAAACACGCGCGGGCGGCAUUCUGAGAGAUUAGAUACUGAUCGGAGAGAAUGCUAUUAUGAAAACACACAUCUAUGAUAGCGAAAAAUGAAGAUUUUACCCGCAGUAUUAAAAAUGGAUUGCCGUAAGCAAGCAUUAUGUGUGUACAUUGUAUGAUUUUUUUAUCGUCGAAACAAGAAACGUAGAUUAUUCUAAUUUAUAAGAGUUAUUUAUAAAAAGAGCACACUGUACAGAGACCGAGGGGGGUGCCCCAACGAAAACUACUUUUAGCAUGUAAGUCUACCUAUGAAGCGUUAGAUGAGAAUAGAUAUUGCAAUGGACAGUAUGUAUUCUUGUUAAGCGAAGACACGCAAAAAAGGAAUACCAUUUGUUAAUUGACAGAAUAUUAUAGCAUUGGUUUUUUGAAGCAGCUUUAAAUUCUAAUCUCGCAUUUUACAUCAUCGCCAAAUGUUACAUUUGAAUUCACAAACGAAUUCUUGAAGUAAAAUGUUUUUUUCAUGAUAAUUUCGCGUAAUGAGGAUACAUUCGUGAGCAUGUGUUGAUAGGGAUGAGAGCGUAUGUAUUAUUUAGUGCUAUUCACAAAAUUUGAAUACGUAAUAAAAAAAAAGCGAUAUUUGUUAUAUUAUGCGAAUGGCUGAAACAAAAUUAUAUAAGAACAAAAUUUAUUGCGAUUUAAAGGAUAUAUGAACUAUUUUAUUUUCUCUUGAUGUAUUCCACGUUUUAUUUUGCACGAAAUUAGCAAGCGUAUUUUAUUUAUUUAUGUUGAGCAAAAUAACUUAAAGUGAGUCAGUAAUUUGAAAAUAGAAACAACUCGUGCCGGUAAAACGGUGUUUUGGUUACUGUAGUUCGACAGUUGUAACAUGAGGAGUUUCACGAAAACUGCGCUAAUAAUUUAAAACAUAUUUCACAUAAUGGACUGAUAAUAACUAGGGUCUUUAUUAAUUUUUGUGUUAUCAACUUUUCCGUUUUAUUUGUUCCAUCAAUGAAAGAGGGAUAAAAAAGAGAUGAGUUUUCCACGAUGGAUAAGAUGGUAAAUAUUUAUGGAAUAGAUAGAUACGGCUUUUAACAGUUUCUUAGAAAAAUUUAAGAUUCCCUCAGCUCAAC